CCCGGCGAAACUAAAUCCUCGAGCGAAAAGCAAACACGCGGCAGCUGCACUGAGCCAAGGCCGCGGCCUCUAUAUCUGUCCAGAGCUUCAUCAUCAAUCUCGUCAGCACUCUACCUCUUUACUUAUCUGCACUUGCUUGAGUAUUUGUUACUUGCAUACCUCUCGAGAAAGCGUCAUCUAUCAUCAGAAUAGAAGGGAACAACGCCAAGGCACUGUUAUCCAAGAGCUAUGCUUUUUAAGCGCUCCAAAAGGACGACUCCAGACAGGCCAGACGGCUCCGUGUCGCCGGCCGCUUCUGAGUCGAAGAACAGCGACCGGACUGCUGUAGGAGGAGAAGACCCACUUGCGCGCCUCACUGAGGCGCAACGGACGGCGCUCCUGGCACAAAUUGAGACGAGCAAGAGCAAACCGGUGACCUACUUUGGUCUUUUCCGGUUUGCCUCAAAACAAGACUUGUUGCUUGAGGCUAUCGCCGUCAUCACAUGUAUUGCUGCGGGCGCGGCUUUGCCGCUCAUGACAAUCGUCUUUGGUUCAUUGACUCAGUCUUUCACCAAUGUCACUCGUGGACAAGGCAAACAGCAAUUUCAGGACGACGUCAAUCGACUCACACUGUACUUCGUCUACAUCGCUAUAGGGGUAUUUGUUACGACAUAUAUCUACACUUGCGCCUUCAUCUGCGCAGGCGAGAAUGUAUCAAGGAGAAUUCGCGAAGAAUAUCUCCGUGCAAUCAUGCGUCAAAAUAUAGGAUACUUUGACAAACUUGGUGCAGGCGAAGUUACGACGCGCAUCACAUCCGACACCAACCUUAUCCAAGAUGGCAUCAGCGAGAAGAUUGGCUUGGCCUUGUCGGGUGUCGCAACAUUCUUUUCCGCCUUUAUCAUUGCAUUCAUCAAGAACUGGAAACUCACGCUGAUUCUGGCGUCUAUUUUACCUGCGAUGAUGCUGGCCAUGGGCGGCAUUUCGACUUUUGUUGAAAAGUAUACCAAACAAACCCUCGAGUUCUACUCGACUGGUGGAACGCUCGCUGAGGAGGUCAUCUCAUCUGUUCGCAUCACACAAUCAUUCGGUACGCAAGAGAAACUCGCCAAGCUAUACGACUCCUUCCUCGGUUCUUCUGAAAAGGCUGGCAAGAAAAAGGCCUUCUCUCUUGGAGCUCUGCUAGGAUCCAUCUUCUUCAUCAUGUACUCUGCCUAUGGUCUGGCCUUCUUCCAGGGCGCACGCAUGUUGGUCCGUGGAGAACUCGACACAGGUAUCGUCAUCAACGUCUUCUUUGCUGUGAUUAUUGGUAGUUUUGCCCUUGGACAAAUCGCUCCCAAUAUUCAGGCCUUUAACUACGCCGUCUCUGCUGGUCAGAAGAUUUUCGAAACAAUCGACCGUGUGCCCUCUAUUGAUGUCUACAGCGAGGAAGGUAUCCACAUUAAAGAACUUCGCGGUGAGAUUGAGCUUAAGAAUGUGCACUUCAUUUAUCCUGCACGAGCAGAACAGACAGUCUUGUACGACAUGUCGCUACACAUCCCAGCUGGCCGCGUCACAGCUCUCGUUGGGGCAAGUGGGUCUGGCAAGUCUACCAUUGUUGGACUGGUUGAGCGUUUCUAUGACCCGAUCUCUGGUGAGAUUACGGUCGAUGGUAUGCCCAUCAAGGACAUCAACAUCAAGUCCCUACGAGCACACAUUUCGCUUGUCAGCCAGGAGCCAAACUUGUUUGCCACAACCGUGUUUGAGAAUGUUGCACACGGCUUGAUUGGCACUGAAUGGGAGCAUGCCGACAUUGAAAAGAAGCGCGAGAUGGUCAUCUUUGCUUGUGAACAAGCGAAUGCAGCCGAUUUCAUUGCACAACUACCGCAUGGGUAUGAUACGCAUGUGGGUGAAAAAGGUAUGCUACUGAGUGGCGGGCAGAAGCAACGUGUUGCCAUUGCUCGUGCCAUUGUAUCAAACCCCAAGAUUUUGAUUCUUGAUGAAGCAACGGCUGCAUUGGACACCAAGUCUGAAGGUGUUGUGCAAGAUGCACUGGACAAGGCUUCGUCAUCGAGCAACCGCACCUCUAUCGUUAUUGCACACCGACUUGCGACCAUCAAGAAUGCACACAACAUUGUCGUCAUGACGAAAGGCCGUAUCGUUGAGCAAGGUACACACAAUGACUUGCUCGAUAAGCGUGGCGCUUACUUUGCACUGGUUGAAGCACAGCGUCUUGCUCAGAAACAAAAGUCUCAAGAUGCCGAGUUGGAGCAAUACGAACAAAAAGCAAUGGGUGACAGACUUGCACUUGCGCGCACUGCGACUGGGCAAUCCAUCUCUGCACGUGUACUUGCCGAGCAAACGGCCGAAGGCAAGCGCAAGAAGCACAGUAUCUUCUACCUGAUCAAGGAAAUUGGUAAGUUCAACACCACCGAGUGGCACUUUAUGCUGGUCGGUGCUGUCGCUUCCGUGUUGUGUGGAGCAGUCUAUCCAGCUCAAGCUAUCGUUUUUGCAAAGCUCAUCACCCUCUUUACGAACCCUCAACAAGCAGGGUUCCAAUCGGACGCCAACUUUUACGCAUUGCUUUGGUUCAUCAUUGCUGUUGUCGAGUUCUUUGCCUAUUUCGCUACAGCCUUCUUCUUCGGCAUGUGCAGCGAGAUGAUGGUGCGUCGUGUACGUCUGCUGACAUUCCGAAACAUUUUGCGACAAGAUGUGGCCUUCUUUGACAAGGACGAAAAUUCGACUGGAGCAUUGACCUCGUCACUUGCCACGCAGUGUACAGAUCUUGCUGGACUUCAUGGCAACACCCUUGGGACCAUCCUGACUGUCUUUGUCAAUCUCAUCUCGAGCGCCGUCUUGUCACUCGUGGUCUAUUGGAAAUUGGCGCUUGUCGUCCUUGCUUGCAUGCCUGUAUUGAUUGUUGCUGGCUACCUGCGUUUCAAGUUGCUCGCCAUCUUUCAAGAACGCAUCAAGAAUGCGUAUGAAAGCAGUGCCAACUUUGCCUGUGAGGCCACUUCGGUCAUCCGUACUGUGGCAUCGCUCACGCGCGAAGACGAUGUUUUCGCAACGUACCGGCAAUCUCUUGAAGGUCCACAGAAGCAGGCUUACAUCUCGACACUCAAGACAUCAGUCUUCUUUGCACUCAGUCAAUCGAUCACCUUUCUGAUCAACGGCCUUGCCUUUUGGUAUGGUGCGCGUCUCAUCGUCAACAAUGAAAUCAACGUCUACGACUUUUUCAUCUGCUUCAUCGCUAUUACAUUUGGCAGUCAGUCUGCUGGUCAAUUCUUCUCCUUUGCACCAGACAUCAUGAAAGCUAAGGGUUCAGCACAAAAGAUCAUUGGACUAUUUGAGCGUCAGCCUGAGAUUGACAGCUGGUCCAAGGAUGGUCUCAAGAAUGGCGUCACGGAGGGAGCCAUUGAGUUCAAGGAUGUUCAUUUCCGGUACCCGACUAGACCUGAUGUACCUGUCUUGCGUGGUUUGAACUUGCGGAUAGAGCCGGGAAGCUAUUGUGCGUUGGUGGGUGCUUCCGGCUGUGGCAAGUCGACGACCGUCGGCCUUGUGGAACGCUUCUACAAUCCAUUGUCAGGCAGCAUUACGAUCGAUGGACACGAAAUUGCCGAGUACAAUUUGAGUGAGCUCAGAAAAUCCAUGUCGCUCGUCAGUCAGGAACCAACACUUUACCAAGGUACGAUCCGUUUCAAUAUCUUGCUUGGUGCAGAGAACAGCGAGAAAGUGACACAAGAGGCGCUUGAACAAGCGUGUCGGGAUGCCAACAUUUUGGACUUCAUUGAAUCAUUGCCCUCGGGCUUCGAGACGAUGUGUGGCAGUCGUGGUACAGCAUUGUCUGGCGGACAGAAGCAACGGAUUGCUAUUGCCAGAGCGUUGAUUCGCAACCCGAAAGUCUUGCUGCUCGAUGAAGCAACCUCGGCACUUGACUCAGAGUCGGAGAAGGUGGUACAAGCUGCUCUGGACAAGGCAGCGAAAGGUCGUACAACCUUGGCGAUUGCGCAUCGACUGUCGAGUAUUCAAAAGGCGGAUGUCAUUUUCGUGUUUGAGCAUGGGCGUAUCAUUGAGAAGGGGACGCAUGGCGAGCUUCUUGCGAAUGGCGGCUUGUACGCAGAACUUGUCUUGCAGCAAUCGCUGGAGAAGCAGGUCUAGACUGGCCUUGUGAAGUUACUUUAAUCUAGCGAUGCGUCUGCGUCAUUACAUAUAGUAGUAUAUCCUUUCGAGUUUGUGCAGCGG